AUGUCUUCUAAACCACAAUUCAAGGGCUCGACGUCUGCCCGUUUUGUGAAAAACGGUGGUGGUGCUAAUAACUAUAGUAAAAAGAACUCCAAUACCAUACGAUCUGAAUUUAAAGGAGAUCGUAAUGAAAGUAUCGACCCUUCAAAACUUAAUCCAAUGUUGAAUGACUCCAUCCAAAAGAAAGAACUAGUUACUAGAAUCGAUCAACUUGACUCGGUGAUGGGGUUUGAUCGUGUUGAAAAUGGUGAAUUGGAUGGCUUAAAACCUAGAAAAGGUUGGUUAAUUAAUAUGCAUUCUACUACCAUACCAACUGAUGAUUAUCUUGCAGGUUACUCAGGAGUCGAUUAUUACUUUCUUGAUGAAGAAGGUGGCUCUUUCAAGGCUACCAUCAAAUUUGACCCGUAUUUUUAUCUCGCUGUAAUUCCUGGCCACGAAGCUGAAGUGGAAGAAAUGUUGAAAAAAUUCUUAGAACCUUGUCAUUUAAAGAAUAUUGCAAGACUCGAUAAAGAAGAUUUGGCCUUACCUAACCAUUUGGUAGGUUUAAAGAAAACUCUAAUUAAGUUAUCUUUCCAUAAUGUUUCCGACUUAUUAAGUUCCAGAAGAUUACUAACGCCGAUAAUCAAAGAUAAUCAAAUGAAUCGUGAAUCAAGAGAUGUCUUUCAAGUAAUGAAUAACUUCAAUAAUCAAAAUUCAGAAUCUUCUAACGCUGAUCCAACUACUUUCAUUGAUGAUAUAAGAGAAUAUGAUGUUCCUUAUCAUGCAAGAGUUUCCAUCGAUAUGAAUAUCAGAGUUGGUAAAUGGUAUGAUGUCUACGUCAAGCAUGGUGAUGUAUCUUUGGUUGAAGAUAAAGAAAAGAUUGCCUUUGCUGAUCCGGUAGUUUUGGCUUUUGAUAUUGAAACUACUAAAGCUCCUUUGAAAUUCCCUGAUGCUAAAAUCGAUCAAAUUAUGAUGAUUUCUUAUAUGAUUGAUGGUGAAGGUUAUCUUAUAACAAAUCGUGAAAUCAUUUCGGAAGAUAUAGACGAUUUUGAAUAUACUCCAAAACCUGAAUAUCCUGGUUUAUUCACGAUCUUUAAUGAACCUGACGAAAAACAUGUUUUAUUAAGGUUUUUUGAACAUAUAAGAGACGUUAGGCCAACCGUUAUUGCAACCUUUAAUGGUGAUUUUUUCGAUUGGCCCUUUGUCGAAAACAGAACAAAUUUUCAUGAUUUAGAUAUGUUCGAUGAAAUUGGUUUUGCUAAAGAUAACGAGGGUGAAUAUAAAUCAAAGUAUUGUGUUCAUAUGGAUUGUUUUAGGUGGGUUAAAAGAGAUUCUUAUCUUCCUCAAGGUUCUCAAGGUUUAAAAGCUGUUACUACCGCCAAGUUAGGUUAUAACCCAACUGAACUUGAUCCAGAAUUAAUGACCCCUUACGCUUAUGAAAAACCUCAAUUACUUUCCGAAUAUUCGGUUUCCGAUGCCGUUGCAACCUAUUAUUUAUACUAUAAAUAUGUUCAUCCAUUCAUUUUCUCCUUAUGUACUAUUCUUCCCUUAAAUCCUGAUGAAGUUUUACGUAAAGGUACUGGUACUUUAUGUGAAAUGUUGUUAAUGGUCCAAGCUUAUGAAAAUAAUAUUAUUUUACCAAAUAAGUAUACGGAUCCAAUAGAAAGAUUCUAUGACGGUCAUUUAUUAGAAUCAGAAACAUAUGUUGGUGGUCACGUCGAAUCUUUAGAAGCUGGUGUUUUUAGAAGCGAUAUACCCAAUAAAUUUAAAAUAGAUCCAACAGCUAUCGAUGAACUUUUGAAUGAUUUGAAGUCUGCUAUUAAGUUUUGUGUGGAAGUUGAAAAUGGCAAGAAGCUAGAAGACGUUGAAAAUUUUGAUGAAGUUUAUAAUCAGAUCAAAAGUGAAUUGAUUGAGUUAAGAGAUAAUCCUGUUAGAAAUGAAACUCCUUUAAUUUACCAUGUUGAUGUCGCUUCAAUGUAUCCAAAUAUUAUGACUUCUAACAGAUUGCAACCCGAUUCGAUUAAAUCAGAAGAAGAUUGUGCAGCCUGUGAUUUUAAUAGACCUGGAAAAAAUUGUGACAGAAGAUUACCAUGGGCUUGGAGAGGAGAAUACUAUCCUGCUGAAAUGAAUGAAUAUGGUAUGAUCAAACGUACUUUGCAAAAUGAAAGUUUUCCUGGUGUAAAACCUUGGUUACCACAAAGAUCUUUUGAUGAACUCCCUUAUGCCGAACAAGCACUGCUCAUCAAAAAAAGACUUAGUGAUUACUCUAGAAAAGUGUAUCAUAGAAUAAAACAAUCAAAGAUUGUAACAAGAGAAGCAAUUGUUUGUCAAAGAGAAAACCCCUUCUAUGUUAACACUGUCAGAAACUUUAGAGAUCGUCGUUAUGAAUUCAAAACGUUAGCCAAAGUGUGGAAAGGAAAGACUUCAAAAAUCGCCUCUUCUGACCAAAUUGCCAAAGAUGAAGCUAAGAAAAUGGUUGUCUUAUAUGAUUCACUUCAGUUGGCUCACAAGGUUAUUUUGAACUCUUUCUAUGGUUAUGUAAUGAGAAAGGGUUCCCGUUGGUAUUCAAUGGAAAUGGCUGGAAUCACUUGUCUCACGGGGGCAACAAUCAUUCAAAUGGCCAGAUCAUUAGUGGAAAGACUAGGAAGACCUUUAGAAUUAGAUACUGAUGGUAUUUGGUGUAUCUUACCAAAAUCCUUUCCUGAAAAUUUCAAUUUAAAAUGCAAAGAUGGUAAAAAAAUAUUUGUUGAAUAUCCUUGUUCUAUGUUGAAUUAUAUUGUUCAUGAAAAGUUUACCAAUCAUCAGUAUCAAGACUUGGUUGAUAGUGAAAGCUUGAAGUAUAAAACAAGAUCCGAAAAUUCCAUUCUUUUCGAAGUUGAUGGCCCUUAUAAAGCAAUGAUCUUACCUACAUCCAAAGAAGAAGGGAAAGGUUUGAAAAAGAGAUAUGCUGUUUUUAAUGACGAUGGUUCUUUGGCUGAAUUAAAAGGGUUUGAAUUAAAAAGAAGGGGUGAGUUGCAGUUGAUUAAAAAUUUUCAAUCGGAUAUUUUUAAGCUAUUCUUGGACGGUGAUUCUUUAGAGGGGUGUUAUCAAGCUGUUGCCAGUGUAGCAAACAACUGGUUAGACGUCUUAGAUACCAAAGGUGGUAUGUUAGAAGACGAAGAUUUAAUUGAACUUAUUUGUGAAAAUAGAAGUAUGUCUAAAGCCUUAGUCGAAUAUGAAGGGCAAAAGUCAACUUCGAUUACAACUGCCAAAAGACUAGGUGAGUUCUUAGGUGAAGAGAUGGUCAAGGAUGCCGGUUUGGCUUGUAAGUAUAUUAUUAGCUCCAAGCCCAUUGGAAGUCCUGUUACUGAAAGAGCUAUUCCUGUGUCCAUUUUUUCCUCGGAGAAGAAAGAAUUCUUUUUGAAAAAAUGGUUAAAGGACCCUUCUUUAUCUGACUUCGAUCCUAGAUCUGUUAUUGACUGGGACUAUUACUAUGAGCGUUUGGCUUCUGUCGUCCAAAAAAUUAUUACUAUACCCGCUGCUUUGCAAGAUGUUAAAAAUCCUGUCCCUAGAGUGCCUCACCCUGACUGGUUGCAAAAAAGAAUCAAAAUCAAGGAUGACACCAAACAACAAUCUUCAAUUUCUAAAUUCUUUGGCAAGUCCACCAAGUCUGAGGCAUUGCAAAAUCAAGUCAAACACAUCCAAGAUAUCGAAGACUUUGGGGAACUCGAUUCUGGAAUUUCCAAAACCAAAGUUGGUAAGGUCACGUCUAAAAAGAGACGUAAUGGUAAAAUCAAUAAUGCUUCUGAUACAGAAGAAGAAGAAAGAAACAAUGCUGUCUUAAAUGGACCUUGUCCACUGAUGACAGAAGACUAUGUCGGUUAUCUACAAUAUCAAAAAGCCAAAUGGAAGGUUCAAGCAAAAAAUAGAGAAAGAAGAAGAAAACUUUUUGGGAAUAACACUGAAUCGUCACAUAGAUCAUCCGUCGGUGGCUUGUUCCGCAAGCAGGCUGAAAGUGUUGCCGGAAGCGAUUGGGAAAUUUUGGAGUACAAGCCAGACCCUACAACUCCUGGUGAUGUUAAAGUCUACAUUCUGUCGGGUAAUAAAGUUCAUUCCUUCAUUUUUCAUAUACCAAAGCAAAUUUAUGCUACAUUUAAAACUGACAUUUCCCAAAGAAAAUAUAUUCAAAAUUGUGAAAUUGAAAAAUCUAAUGCUAUCUUGCCUAAUGGGCAUGACGGUUCACAUCUAUAUAAGUUUGUUAUGCCGGAACCGGUUUAUAAUGAGCAAAUCAGUAAAAUCGAUAGUAUAUUGCAAGAUUCGAAAAUAUUAGGACUUUAUGAGAGCAAUAUAAACUCGGUUGAUAGAGCAAUCAUCAACUUGGGUAAUACAGUCAAGUUUGAUGAUACCAAAGUUGGUGCUUUAGGUAAAGGUUUGAAGAAUGGUUUUAACAUGAAAGAUUUAUCAAAAAUUGAAAAGGAUUCAUAUUUGAAAAGAUUUAAUAUGGAUAUUGUUUACUUACUUCACAUUGUCACAAACAGUUAUGAAUUCUUUACCGUUUUCAAAACAUGGGAUAACUCUGCAAAUAUGUUUGUUUUGAAACCUUCAUCAAAUGCUCAGGAGUUACCUACGAAUAUUCAUAAGAUUUACCAAGAAGUUUACGAAAAUAAGAAGGAUAAACUUGGUAAACUUUACAACAUCAUUGAUUACCCAAGCGAAAUGAGCUUUGAUACCAACUACUACAACAGCAGAAGCUCUUUGUAUAAAAAGCUUAAUACUUUUGUCUCAAAGAUUCAUGAAAGCAGAAGUAAUAAAGCCCUUUUCACGAUUCAAUCACCAUAUGUCUCUAAGGUCCUCGUGCAUCUUCCUGCCAUCUCUAACUUUCCAACAAUCCGGAUGAACGUUACUGAGCUUUCAUUACCUGCUAUUGGAUGGCAAUCAUUAAUUACAAAAAGGGUUAUCAAUCACUUCUUUGUUUUGGCUUCUUGGAUCAAAAAUUUGAUUUCACUUUCCAACUAUGGUAAAAUCCCACUAUGCAAUCUUCAAACUGAAAAUAUGGGAUAUUUGAUUGAUAUAGAAUAUGCAAGAAGAUUGAGUUACAAUAAUAUUGUUUUAUGGUGGUCCUCUAAUCCAUUACCUGAUCAUGGUGGUUUCGAGGCUGAUAAAACUCAAGAUUUAGAAAGCUUCGACUUCCCGACAAUCAAUAGCCCCGAAAUCUACGAAACUGCUUGUUUAGAAGUGGAAAUUGGUACUCUCACCAUUAAUACUAUUUUGACCAGUUCUCUUAUUAAUGAAGCAGAAGGUGCAGAUUUAGCAGAAGAUAGCAUGGUGUUUGAUCAAAAUAAUGGUGCCUCAACUAUGGCAGAAGAUUCAUUUUCGACACCGUCCUUGAGUAUAUUAAGAUCUAUGGUUAAAGAUUGGUGGGAUGAUGCAAUGAAAAACAAUAUUAAUGCUGAUUCUAUGAUGAAUCAUUUGGUAUCGUGGGUUCAACGGAAAGACUCGUUUUUAUAUGAUAAUGCUUUACAUUAUCAUGUUCAUAAUUUAACAUCAAAAGCUUUGUUACAAUUGAUAGGUGAAUUUAGAAGAAUGAAUGCGCAAGUAGUUUUUGCUAAUAGAAACAGAAUAAUACUUCAAACCACACGAGUAUCAGUUGAAAAUUCAUAUGCUUAUGGUCAAUACAUUGUUAAGGCUGCCAGAUCAAAACCACUAUUUAACUUCUUAGAUCUUAGAAUCGUUAAAUAUUGGGAUAUUUUGAUUUGGAUGGAUGAGUAUAACUUUGGUGGAAGAUGUUGUACUGAAAUCACUAAUGAUGAGACUCAAAAUUUGGUCCCUGUCAAUAAUUGGCAUAUCAAGAAGUUUUUGCCAUUAAUAUUUCAAAAUGAAUUCGAAGAUUGGUUGGUUAUAUUCUUAGAUUCAUUAGCUAAAUACAAAAAUGAAACACUACUAGGAAAUACUCAAUCAGGUACUCCCAGAGUGACUCAAAUUAACCAUAUCUUAAAGGGUCAGAAGAAAAUAGAUUCUGCUGAAGUUGAGGAUGAAGAUAUUAACAAUGGUGUCAUGGAAUUGUUUAGAAAGCCUUUACAGAAGAGAAUCCAAAGACUUCAUCGCCAACAAAAUGAAUCCAUUAUCAAUCCUGAUUUAAAAAUUGAAUACGAAUUCCCAAAACUCACUGGAUCAUUCUUGAAGAUGAGAAAUCCAAUUUUGGAACUAGUCAAAUUCCUUUGUUCGGUUUUCAGUUUAUCCAAAAAACGCUCUAUAGAAGUUAGUUUGUUAAGAAAAGAAUUGCUAGCAAGUUUGGACGUUAGAGAGUUUAGUCGUGAAGCUACUUUCCAUAAUCCUAGUACCUCCUUGAAAAUCCCUCAUAUAAUAUGUGACUACUGCAACUAUAUUAGAGACGUGGACUUUUGCAGAGAUGAGGAAAGAGAUAUAUUUACAUGUACCAAUUGUUCAAAGGAAUACAAUAAGAUAACUAUUGAGGAGGAGCUUAUAAGCUUGUUUAACAAGAUGAUGGUUCAAUUCUUUACCCAAGAUCUCAAAUGUGUUAAGUGCCAAGUUGUCAAGGUAGACAGUAUGAGUGAACAUUGCAAGUGCUCUGGUGAUUGGGCAGAAACCAUUAAGCAUGAAGAGGUCGAAGACAAGAUGAAAGUCUUUGCAAAUGUUUCUCAUUAUUAUGGAUUGAAAUUACUUGAAGGGUUGUUAGACGAAUACCAAUAG